GGAGUUUGUCGCUUGCACUCGAAAGCGACCACCAACUUGUUCAGAUUCUCACUUCCCAAUUGGCCUCCGACCGACUCGACGAGCCAUGUCGUCCCGCGCCUCCGAAGCCACGGGGCUCCUCCAAACCUCGUCCCGCUACUAUGGCGCGUCGGCCUCCUGGCUCUUUUGGCUCCCGACCGCGCCGAGCCACCGCUUUUACCUCCUCGUGCUCAUCUGUCUCAUUCCGUUUGGCGGCCACUUCGUCAAGAAUGAAAUGUCGUCGCUCCAACAACUCAUGAUCGACGACAAGGAGUUCCCGAUCUCCAACACGAUCUACGGCGCGUUCAACUCGGCGGUCUCGGUCCCCAACAUGAUCAUCCCGUUUGUCGGUGGCCACCUCCUCGACUGCAAGGGCCACGUCACGAUCCUCUACUUCCUCAUCCUCAUGUGUUUGGGCCAAGCGCUCUUUGCGUACGCGAUGCAGCUGCACUCGAUCUGGCUCGCGAUGGCCGGCCGCAUCAUCUUUGGUCUCGGCGAGGGCAGCGUCGUUGUCGGCGGCCGCGCGAUCGUCGCGUACUGGUUUGACCGGUCCGAGCUCACGUUCGCCAUGGGCACGUCCGUUGGCAUCACCAACAUCUCCAAGAUGCUCGCCAAGGCCACGGUCGCCCCCGUCGCGCUCUACUUUGGCAGCUACGUGUACGGUCUCUGGUACGGCUUUGUGGUGUGCGUCGUCUCGCUCUUGGUGGCGCUCGUCGUCGGUCGCGCCGCGCAGACGCUCAAGCGCAUCAAGCGCGACGUCAAGCACCAAGUGCGCGCGGGCGCGGAGCUCGUGUCGGUGGUGGCGCCGUCGCUCACGUGGCUGAGCUCGUACUGCUACGUGCGCCGCGCCAAGAAGGCCGAGGUCGCGCACGAGAAGCUCUCGUUCCUGGCGAUGGGGUCGUUCUCGCCGCUCUUUUGGCUCGUUGUCGCGCUCCACGUGACGUUCAUCAACGUGUUCCACCUCUUCCAGAACGUCUCGGCGAGCUACUUUACCCAAGUGCACGGCUACUCGAUCGUGAACGCGGGGUACGUGAGCAGCCUCGCGCACGUCUUUGUGAUCUUCGCGCCGCUCGUGGGCCUCGUCGUGGACUGCGUCGGCGGUCGCAUCCAGCUCAUUCUGUGCUCGUCGUGCCUGAGCAUCCUCGCGUACACCUUGCUUGUCUUUACCAACGUCUCGCCCAUCAUCUCGAUGCUGCUCAUUUCGCUCUGCCUCUCGGUGACGCCAUCCAUCUUGCUCUCGAGCAUUCCGCUGACGGUCUCCAAGCAGCGCUUCGGCACUGCGUACGGCAUUCUCGAGGUCGUUAACGGCUUUACCGCCUUCAGCGGCAACCUCGGCAUCGGGUACCUCCGCGAUACGACGGGCAGCUACACGAUCGUGAUGCAAAUCCUCAUGGCCUUUGCCUGCCUCACGCUGCUGCUGACGCUUGCGGUGGGGUAUGUCGACAAGACACACGGCGGCCACCUUGCGACCGCGACCAUCAAGAAGAAGGGUGAGGUCGACGACGAUGAGCUCGUCGAGGCAGGUAGCUCGAGCUCGAGCGCGGAAGAAGGAUGCGCGCCCAAGAUCCACGUGUAGUGUGGCUCGAAAAUACCCUAGCCCUAUACGAAAUCAAUGUUUAGUUGGAGAAUCCUUUAUGACAAAUCACCCGCUGCUUGUAAACGG